AUGUGGUGGCUCGUGGCUACUUACUUGCAUGAUCUGGAUUGUCUGAAUCUCCGAGCCACCAGCAAGUAUCUUAAUGACACCUUUUCUGCAAAUUCGUUGUGGAGACCACGCGUAUUGAGAAAAUGGUACCGUUUCUCGGAGAGCCCGAACGCAGAAAUCAAAAGAUUUUGGUUGGAUAAAUAUAUUGAGCAUUCGCAAUAUGAUCGUUGGUUGCGUGGCCUGAUCGCGGACCUCAUUUCUGGCACCGAGAAGACGAAGUCUGAAAUUUGGGAGGACGUGGGCUAUGUUUUCCGAAAUGCCCAAUUGUUCGUUCCGGAACUUCUCCGAAUGAUGAAGCAUUUCGAUUCCAGCUUUCUAAGAGAGGGAAAAUAUCACAAGGAGGAUUUCAUGCGACAGAUGGAUCGACGUCUCCAUGAUUUAUCAACAGUGUAUUACGCUAGCCAACUACUAGAAGCGAUCAGAUUAUGCAAGAUUCUCAAUUUUGGAUAUCGCACCAUAUGCAAAAGGGAGUAUCCACAGUGUCUUGAGGAAAUGUUUUGUGAAUUUGCUUAUAUUGAUCCAUAUGCGUACGACUUCUAUCCUUACAGGAAACAAGUUUUAAGCAGGGUGCUGCGCGAGUAUAAUGGGCUGCACCUAGAUGCUGGGGUCUCCAAUACAAAUAAGGUCAAACUUCUUGCAUCCAUCCUACAAAAAGCUCUACGGUUACAGUCGCUACCCUAUUCGCUCACAGGUGACUACAAUUCGCAAUUGUCAUUGGAGGAUUGUUGUCUCUUCCGCAUUUAUGGUGGUGACGCGGUGGGUAAGACCGAGUUGAUCCAUUCUAUAAUGGAAAAAUUAUGCCACGAACUUGGAAUUCCAGCGCGACUCAACAAUUUGAAUCUUGUCGUCGAUGAUUCUACCACACGUAGUGGUACGUCUCAUUUCAUUAUCGAAUCCUACAAAACUACGCAAAUCAACAUUCCUGAAAUCCACGAUCUGCCUCAGCCCUCUCUAAUGCUCAACCAGUAUGUAUCACAAGUUGAUCCACUAAAGCUGAUUAAAAAUAUAGCAGCUAGCUUUUUCUGUCAGUACCCAAUGGAGAGACGAGAUAGAAGUGAUUAUAUGCAUCCAAAAGUUCUGGAUGACCAGCUGGUUGUGGAGAGGCCCGGUGAUCGGUUGCAGGGCCAGAUUAUUGGCUUUUAUGGAGCUGACAAAGACACUAUAAACAUCUUGCACAAGUUCUGGAUUAUGCUGAUGCAUCUGGAGACUCAAAAUUUGGAAGCAGACCUGCAAUCCAUCUUUCUUUCACUUGUGCAGUCAAGUCGGUUGGCCUUUCUCGGGAUAGGAGUGGCCUGUCUGACCAGUACCAUGGAAGGGAUCCGAAGCAUACAUUCGAAGCUGAAGAACGCAUUCAUGAAUGGUACAAUCUCGUUCAAUGUGAAUGAGGUUAAACGAGAUGACCAGUUGCCGUUCCCUAAAGGUUCAUAUUCCCAAUUUGAAGAUGGCCAGAUGGUGGUGGAUCGUAGGGGGGAGCCUAUGAUAAUAAUUGGUUUCAAAGAUUACCAUAAACAGCUUUAUUGCCAGUGUUUCACCAACACGGGCCAGACAGUAAUUGUCCAUGAGAAAAACUUAAGCAUUCCCAAUUUUAUGGUGGAUGCCAGCCAAUUUGCGCUAUUUGAUAAUUUAGGACUAUACUUCCGAGAGUUCGACUUUCGGUCUAGGAAGUUUGUCAGGUACUAG